AUGGAGCGACUAAUCUCAUGGAGUCCGCCAUCGGUGGGUUGGAUGAAGCUAGAUACUGAUGGAGCUUCUCGUGGUAACCCAGGUGCGGCAACAGCUGGUGGAGUGCUACGAAAUGGGAAUGGGCAGUGGUGUGGUGGAUUUGCUCUGAAUAUUGGGCGCUGUACAGCGCCGUUGGCAGAGUUGUGGGGUGUGUACUAUGAGCUUUGUAUUGCUUGGGAGAAGCAAGUCCGGCGUUUAGAGGUGGAGAUUGAUUCACUGAUGGUAGUUGGGUUCUUGACGAUAGGGAUUUCAGAUACACAUCCCUUGUCUUUCCUGGUACACUUGUGCCACGGCUUCAUAUCGAAGGACUGGGAAGUCCGUUUCUUGCAUGUGUAUAGGGAGGCUAAUCAUUUGGCGGAUGGUUUAGCCACUUAUGCGUUUUCGUUGCCUUCGGGUUUGCAUGUUUUUGAUUUAGUUCCUCCUGACUUAGCGACAGUGUUGCGCGAUGACGUUUGUGGAGUCGCGCAGUCACGGCAAGUUUAUGUGUAA